AUGAGGUUAUGCAUUGACUAUAGGCAGCUGAACAAGGUCACGGUGUGGAAUAAGUAUCCUUUGCCCCAUAUUGAUGAUUUAUUUGACCAGCUGAAGGGUGCCAAUGUAUUCUCUAAGAUCAAUUUGAGAUCUGGAUAUCAUCAAUUACAGAUUAGAGAAGAGGAUGUGCCUAAGACAACUUUUCGAACGAGGUAUGGGCACUAUGAGUUCCUGGUGAUGCCAUUUAGGUUGACCAAUGCACCACUUUGUGAUUCCGGGUAUAAUCGUCGCUUCGUGGAAGGUUUUUCUGCCAUAGCGGCGCCUCUCACUCAUUUGACAAGAAAAAGAGUUAAGUUUGAAUGGUCAGAUGAGUGUCAGAAGAGUUUUAAUGAACUCAAGACCAGGUUAACCACCGCUCCGGUUUUGGCACUUCCAGAUGAUAGUGGGAAUUUCGUUAUCUACAGUGAUGCAUCCCAACAGGGACUUGGUUGUGUGCUAUUGCAGCAUGCUCGGGUGAGUGCUUAUGCUUCUAGGAAACUAAAUAAGCAUGAGUUGAAUUAUCCUGUUCAUGAUUUGGAAUUAGUUGCAGUGGUUUUUUGCCUUGAAGAAUUGGCGACACUAUCUCUAUGGAGAAACAUGUCAGAUUUUUACGGAUCACAAGAGUUUAAAGUAUUUAUUCACCUAGAAGGAACUGAAUUUGAGGCAAAGAGAUGGCUAGAGUUGAUUAAAGAUUAUGAUUGUACCAUCGAGCAUCACCCGGGAAGAGCUAAUGUUGUGGCUGAUGCACUUAGCAGGAAAUCCUCGGGAUCUAUAGCUUAUCUUCGAGGUAAGUAUGUGCCAUUAAUGGUAGAAAUGAGGAAGCUCAGAGUUGAACUAGGUGUGGAUAAGCAGGGAGCACUCUUAGCUACUCUCCAUGUGAGACCAGUGCUAGUGGAACGAAUACUCGCCGCUCAAUCACAGGAUCCUUUGAUUUGCACGCUACGAGCAGAGGUGGAGAAUGGUGACAGAAAUGACUGUUCAGUAAGAAUUGAUGGAGCUUUAAUGGUGGGUACCAGGUUAUAUGUCCCUAAUGAUGAAGCUUUAAAGAGGGAAAUUCUUAAGGAGGCCCAUGGUUCAGCUUUUUCAAUGCACCCUAGAAGUACUAAGCUGUACCAUACUUUGAGAGAGCACUACUAG